AUGUCAACCAGCGUUGCCUUGCCCCACCACUUCGAUACUCUUGCGGUUGCACACAGAAAGCUGUCGGUGAUCGAUCUGAUCCGUGAGCGCUGGGGCUGGCUCCUGAUCUUCUUCGGCGGCCUGGUGCUGGCCGCGCUGGUCGUGGAGGCCUUUGAGGACGUUUUGAAACACAACGUGGAGCUAUCGUACUUUGUCCCCCUCCUCAUUGGGCACGGCGGGAACACCGGCAGCCAGAGCAACGCCACCGUCAUCAGGGCGCUGGCCUUGGGCCACGUCAAGCCCAGCGACUACCUGCGCGUCAUGGCCAAGGAGGCCGGGGCAGGGACCUUCAUGGGCGCCAUGCUGGGCCUCAUGAUCCUGGGCUUCAGCUUCCUCUGGGACAGCAUCUCCACCCAGGUCGGCCUCGUGGUCGCCAUCUCCCUGCCGCUGGUCUCGCUGUGGGCCAACGUUCUGGGCGGCGUCUUCCCCCUGCUCUCCGCGCGCUUCGGCUUCAACCCCGCCGUCACCAGCGCCCCGCUCAUGACCACCGUGGUCGACUCCUCGGGCCUCAUCAUUUACUUUUACAUCGCCAAGAUCGUCAUGAAGAUGUAG